AUGAUGCGCCUGGGACAAGUUCUUCGAUCGCGUGCCCUGCGUCAAAUCCGUUGCCUGAGUGGUGGCAAGUCUCACGGCGACGUUCUACCCCAGAGCUGCGAUGUCCUCAUUAUAGGCGGGGGCGGUAUGGGCGCCUCGUCCGCCUUCUGGCUCAAGUCAAGGACACAGCAGUUGGGAAGGAAGCUCAAUGUGCUGGUGGUGGAGCGAGAUGCUGGAUACACCAGCGCAUCCACGGUGCUCUCGGUGGGCGGAGUUCGCCAGCAGUUUUCCCUGGCCGAGAAUAUCGAGAUGUCGCUUUUUGGCUACAACUUUGUUGUGAAUGGACAGAAGCACCUGGGAGAUGUUGAUCUCUGCUACCAACCAAACGGCUAUCUGAUCCUAGCUUCUGCCAAGGGAGCACAUGUACUGGCCCAGAACUCCAAGCUGCAGAACGAAUUGGGGGCUCGCAACGAGCUCCUCGGUCCCGAAGCUCUGCGCCGCCGAUUCCCUUGGCUGUCUACGGAGGACAUCGAGCUGGGCUGCCAUGGAAUCGAUAAGGAGGGAUGGUUCGAUCCCUGGGCCCUGCUGAUGGGCUAUAAGAAAAAGGCCCGCGCCCUGGGUGCUCACUUCUCCAACGGCGAGGUGGUUGGCUUUGAGUGGAAUGCCUCCGGAGCUCUGUCCGCUGCCGUGGUUGAUGUUGGCGACGGAGUACAGCGCCCUGUGAAGUUUGACACCUGUGUCCUGGCUGCGGGACCUCAUUCGGGCCAGGUUGCUCGGCUGGCGAACAUUGGUGAUCCGGAGGCGACAACAAGUUCCUUGAGGGUGGCCCUUCCAGUGGAGCCCCGCAAGCGGUAUGUGUAUGUGUUCAGUACUCAAGGUCGGAAUUGCCCAGGGGUGGCCACACCCCUGACCGUUGACCCUGAUGGCACCUAUUUCCGACGGGACGGUCUCUGUGGAAACUUUCUCUGCGGUCGCAGUCCCAGCGACGAGGAGGAGCCCGAGUGCGAUACCCUGGACGUGGAUCACGGCUACUUCGAAACGGAUGUCUGGCCCACACUGGCGAACCGAGUGCCGGCCUUCGAGUCCGUGAAAAUCCAGAGCAGCUGGGCGGGCUACUACGAUCACAAUACAUUCGACGCGAACGGCAUAAUCGGCCGACAUCCUCACUACUCCAAUCUCUUCAUAGCAGCCGGCUUCAGCGGCCAUGGAAUACAGCAGACUCCGGCCGUGGGCAGGGCCAUUUCCGAGUUGAUCCUCGACGGCAAGUUUAGCACAAUUGAUUUGUCUCGCCUCGGUUUCGAGCGCCUGGUCAACAAGCAGCCCAUGUUCGAGGUGAACAUCGUCUGAGGAACGCAUUCUUCUCCUGCAACCAGAAUCUAUUGCGUUUUAUAGAGCACUAAGCAGUCGCAGUUAUCGUGUGUAUGUACUUGUUUUAUUGCAAUUUUCAUUUGUAUAUAUGUAUAGUAAUUUGUGUAUAGUAAAGUUCACGUUUUAGUCACGUA